AUACGAAUGUUUACGGGUUCAGAAAAGGGAAAAUCGUAACUUCAUCAACAGAUAUUUUUGCCGCUAGCUAGGCAGUUUAUUGUCUCUGACGUAAAACGGUUACUGCUUGGUUUAUCAAUGGCGUCUGUCGAAGCCCAGAUUAGAAAAUGUAGGAAAAAAAUUCGACAAAUAGAACAUUUAGAAUCUCUUAAACGACCACUAACCACUGAAGAAAAAUUGAAAGUCACUAAAAAAGAAAGUACCAGAUCAGAACUGAAAGACCUGCUUACAAAAAUCUUGGAUGAGACUGUUGGGAGUUCUUGCAAGUUGACAUUAACUAGCUCAGUUUCUAGAAGUGCUCCGGAAAGUGUUCCUCCAUUAUCUCGUCCUUUAACCGGUGAUCUUGCAGACCUUGAGGCAACCGGUCAAUCGAGUAAUGUAAUAAAGUGUGAAAGGUUAGAAGAAAAUCAGAACAGAGAUAAUGAAGCUAAGAGAUCCAGGAUUUCAACAGAAGUUCUUCCAGAAAACAGUGAACAGUCAACAGCAUUAUUGUCAGUCACAUUCACCAAUGAUUGUUCAUCAACUCUUCAGUCAACAGUGCCAUCAACACCUUCUGAAACUACAGUGGGCAGUGAACAACAAGAAGAAGAAGAGUAUAGAAAACUAGUUAAUUCAAAGUUUCUAGUGACCUGUUUAGAGGGACACAGUGACAUCAUCUGGUCAGUUGCUGUUGAAAAUAACUUCAUACUUUCAGCAAGUCGUGAUACAACUGUGAGAGUAUGGGAUGCCACCAAAGGGGAAGAAUUAUGUAAUCUUAGAGGUCAUACCAGUUCUGUGACUGGAGUAGUUCUCCUGUGUCAACAGUCAAGUGUAACUUUAGCUGUAAGAUUAGGCUGUUCAAGUUUUCAGCAACUGGCCGUCAGCUGUGCUCUAGACUGCUCCAUAAUAGUGUGGUCAAUUCCUGAUGGUAUGUAAUUCUAAUAUUGUGUUCUAACACUGUAG